CUUUGUAGUAACCAAAUGCUAAAAAAUAAGUAGGAAAAUCAUUUAUUUAUUAGAAAAUACAUAAAAUCCCCCUCAAACUUGUCACCAAAACUCACUUUAGCACUGUAAUUUUACGGAUGUUUAAGUACUCCCUUAGAAAAUUUGCAAGUGAAUUGAAUAACACCUCAACGGCUAACAUGACAAAUUAAAAAAACAAAGGUGCGUAAACAAAAAAAAAAUUAAAAAAAAUAGAACCAGUGGGUCUCACUUUGUCUUCUAUGACUCUAUGUUUCAUCUCCUCUUUCUGGUUUUAACUCUCUCUCUCUAUUCCCUCGAUUUUAACUCUCUCUCUCUAUCUAUCCCUCGAUGGAGAAAUUUCGAUGACAACUACUCGCCGGCAAGUUCAAUAUUGCUCAAUCACGAAGGACAUCAUUAUCACUCCCUUUGUUACUCGUUUAUCAUUGCUUUAUAAGAGAUCAACCACCCGAUCUCAUUAAAAAAUUUCACUAUUUUAGUAACUUGGACUAAACGCCGGUUCUAAUCAUCUCUAGCUUCAAUGAUAUAUAUAUAUAUAUAUAUAUAUAUAUAUUCAAAAUUAUUAGAAAAUCAUGUUGUUUGUGUUAGUUUUCUAUCUAGCUAAGGAACUUUUAAUUUUAGCACUGUACUGGAGAAAUGGAACGGCGAAGGAGACGAGCAACACUGAAAAUGGGAACAAAAAAUUGUAUGGAAGAAUUAAAAAAGUCAAAAAGAAAAUAUGAUAUGGAUAAAGAAAAAAGAAAAUAAAACUAAAUCGUUUCUCCAUUGACACGUUGUCGACGUGUCACUGAGGUGGCGCUGAUGUGGCCGCGUGUAUAUCACCUCCCAACCAUGAAGUUUGUAUUAUAUAUAUAAGGUUAUAUUUAAUUCACCUGAAAGUUCUUUAAGGAGAUACUUAAACAUCCGUAUAAUUAUAAUGCUAAAGUGAAUUUUACUAAAAAUUUGAGGGGAAUUUUAUGUAUUUUCCCUUUAUUUAUUUGAUCAUGAGUGUUACUCUUUUCUUUUUUUCAUAAUAUUAUUUCACUUUAUUUGGAAAUUACUAUUUAGCACUAAAACUUUGAUAAAACUUAAAUUUUCCCGCACCGAAUGAGUAAAUAAAAAAACGAGGGAAAAGCCAAAACCAAAUGACGACAGCUCUUGUAAGGGGACUGAAGAAGCUAAUCGUGGUCGCAAUUAAUCGGAAGAAACUAAGGAAGAUGGACGCCUGCAAGUUAAAGCUCCAAUUGAUGUCAAAGAAUAUUCGAGCUUGUUCCAGCAAUUUCUUUACAGAAAUCAGGGUUUAGGACUUCUUGAGGCUUCCAGGAUGACUAACAGGGAAACAACCCAGCGCUUGUUGGAUCAACUGCCUCAAACCCAUCAUACGGUUGGUCUUGGGAGAAAAAGAUUUCGCCGAUCUAAAAGUACUCCUGUGAGUGAAAUUGCUCCGGUGGAAAUUAAUGAAAUAAAGAAUGAGCAAUCACUUCUACAUUCUAAAUCAAUUUUGGACAAACUCCACCCUAGUAUUAGGAAAGUUAUUGUUUACUUGGUUAUAUACUUGGGAAUUGGUACCAUUUGCUUUUAUUUUGUUAGAAGCAAGAUCAAGGGAAAGAAAAUAGAUGGCGUACUUGAUUCCCUUUACUUUUGUGUUGUGACAAUGACCACGGUUGGAUAUGGUGAUUUGGUUCCCAACAGUGCAACUACCAAACUGUUUGCCUGUGUCUUUGUGUUCUCUGGGAUGACACUUGUUGGACUGGUUCUAAGCAAAGCAGCAGAUUACUUAGUGGAGAAGCAAGAAACACUAUUAAUUAAAGCACUGCAUAUGGGUUGUAUAGUUGGUCCGGGUGAAAUUUUAGAGGAGAUUGAAACAAACAAAAUAAGGUACAAGUGUUUCAUGGUAGCGGCCUUCCUUAUAACGCUCAUAGUAAUCGGGACAGUCGUCUUGGCUAGAGUUGAAAAGUUUGAUACUGUAGAUGCCUUUUAUUGCGUAUGUGCUACCAUCACAACAUUAGGAUAUGGAGACAAAAGCUUUUCAACCAAAGCAGGACGCAUUUUUGCUAUAUUUUGGAUUUUGACCGGCACUCUUUGUUUGGGUCGGUUCUUCCUUUAUGUUGCUGAAUGGAACACAGAAAAGAGACAGAAGGAGAUUGUUAAAUGGGUUCUUUCAAGAAGGACAACAAAUGUGGAUUUGGAGGAAGCUGAUCUUGAUGAUGAUGGGGUUGUAGGGGCUGCUGAAUUUGUUAUUUAUAAACUUAAGGAGAUGGGGAAGAUCAACCAACAAGACGUCACAGCUGUAUUGAAGGAAUUUGAAAGUCUUGACGUUGAUCAGUCUGGAACUUUGUCAACCGCGGAUCUGGCACUCGCCCAAUCAUCUUGAACCGGGAGGUGAUUGCUCUAAAACCUAUAUUAGUGUAUUAAACAACCUUUUCCACCUAUAACUAUGAGUCUUUUUGAAACUUCUAGUGUAUUAGUAGCAUAUUAGAAAACGUUCAUAUUUAUAGAGUUUUUGACACAAGUCAUGCAGUAAAACCCACUCAACUUAGUACUAGGUGAAAUUUACACUUCUGAGAAUCUCCAUGUAGUCUUCUCAACUCCCUCUGUAAAUUACUUGUACUUUCGUAUGUAAAAAGUUAGCAAACUUCUUCCCUUGUCAAGGAAUGUGAUAGGUAUCUGAGUUCUACAGUACAAUUAUUGAUCCAGAGUUUUCCAACUCGAGAUGUAAACAUUUCGUGUUUCUUUUAA